AUGCUCCUCCGCUCGCAGCGGCUGAGGGAAAUCUCGCGCAAUAAAAACACCGAGCUGGCCCGGUUGUACUCCCAGGUGUGCUGGCUUGGGCAGUACAAUGCCAAGUUGGUCGUUCGAACAAUUGAGGCCAACACCUUGGUGACCGACCUAGGGGUGCGCCAGCGUGUGCUGGUGGAGGAGCUGGCACCGGCCGCCAACGAGCGCGACGCCCAGAGUGCUGCGGCGGAGCGGAAGGCCCAGGAGGUUGAGGUGCAGGCUACCGAGCUAAAGCGGAAGGAGGCCGAGCUCCAGGGCAAGGAGGCUGAGCUCCAACGCGAGAAGGCGACCAUCGCCACGCUCUCCGUGACCCUCACUGAGAGGGAUGCCGCCCACGCUAAGCAGGAUGCGGCCGCUCGUAGCACGGAGGCUGCCCUCAAGGAGAAAGAGGACUCCUUGUCCACGCUCCAGGAAGCCGCACGGGCCCAGGAGGAAGAGGCGCGAGGGUUCAUCGCGGAGUUGAAGAAAGCGGUGGCGGACGAGACCGCGGCGAAGGAGGCUGUCAACACCGUGCUCACGGCGGCGCAUGACGAUUGGAUCACCGAGCAUGACAAGAGCACCUUCCGCCUCGGUCUUCAAUGGGCCCUCGCUGUGGCCUCGAUGCACUACGACCUGGACCUCGCGAGGGUGUCGUCGGGGUACGUCGUUGCGUCCGGUCUCGAUGCAGACGCCACGUCGGCUGCCAUGAAUGAUGCUGAUGCCGCCGUCGAGGAGUUCGCCACCGUCUUAGCCAAGAAGCUUGAAGAUGACAUCCCUCCCAUAGCCGAAUUGGAUGCUGUUGAAGAUCCGUAG